ACGCCGUGGGAACAGUCCUGAGAUGAUCUUUAUUGUUACCUGUGAGCAGUGACUGACAGCAGCGGUGUCUGAGGCGGGCUGUGUCUGUGGACCAGGCAAUUCCAUCCGUCAGGCACUCGGACCUCUGGAAAAGGUGUCCGAGCUUCGGUUUGGGGCAGGUAUGGAUGAGAAAGGUGACCCGAGCAAUGACGAAGUGCCCAAGGCCAUCAAGCCCACCAGCAAAGAAUUCAGGAAAACGUGGGGCUUUCGAAGAACCACCAUUGCCAAGCGAGAGGGCGCUGGGGACGCUGAGGCCGACUGUCUAGAGCGGCAGCCCCAGCAGCAGCAGAGCCUCUCCUUGCGCCGCAGUGGGAGGCAGCCGAAGCGGACCGAGCGGGUGGAAGAAUUUCUUACGACGGUCCGACGAAGAGGGAGGAAGAAUGCGCCUGCCUCCCUCGAGGAUUCUAGUGAACCAGCGUCUUGUCCCGUCACAGAUGUGGAGACGGCGUCUGAAGGCAGCGUGGAGAGCACCUCUGAGGGGAAGGGCGGGCCCACGUCGGGCUCCACGGGUGAUAAGGAACGACCAGCCGCCUCAGCAAAGGCCAAAGGUGGUGAGGACGAGGACGACACCUCUGACAGUGACAGCGAUGGGUUGACUUUGAAAGAACUUCAGAACCGCCUGCGAAGACAGCGGGAACAAGAGGCGGCCGACAGGCCCCCCAAGAGCCUCCAGAGCCGCCUGAGGAAGAAGCGCCGGGAGCAGGAUCCCACGCAGACCGUGGACGUGGAGGCGGGCAAUGCCACGGAGAGCGUGCUGCCCCGCAAGCAGGAGCCUGAGGCUGAGCAGGGUGCAGUGUCCCAGGCCGAGAAAGACUGUGGAGAAAGGGAGCUGGAAGGAAAGGCUCAGGGAAUCGAAGGUGGAGACCCCGGGGACGUGGGCAGGCAGAAGCCUGAGUGUGAGGCCUAUGAGCCCAACGCUCUGUACUGCAUCUGUCGUCAGCCACACAACAACAGGUUUAUGAUUUGCUGUGACCGAUGUGAAGAAUGGUUUCACGGCGACUGUGUGGGCAUCUCUGAGGCCCGGGGACAGCUUCUGGAAAGGAACGGUGAAGAUUACAUCUGCCCAAACUGCACCAUUCUGCAGGUGCAGGACGAGCCGGACUCCGGAAGCGCAGCGCAGCAGGAGGCCAAGUGCGGGCCUGCCGGCGCGGACGGCACGGACUGUAUGAGCAUGGGAACGGUGGAGCAGAAGUCCAGCGAGGACCAAGGAAUUAAGGGUAGAAUUGAGAAGGCUGCGAACCCAAGUGGCAAGAAAAAGCUCAAGAUAUUCCAGCCUGUUGCAGAGGCUCCUGGUGCCUCAAAAUGUAUUGGCCCUGGGUGCUCUAACUUGGCGCAGCCUGACUCGGUUUACUGCAGCAGUGACUGUAUUCUCAAACACGCUGCUGCUACGAUGAAAUUUCUAAGUUCAGGUAAAGAACAAAAACCAAAACUUAAAGAAAAGAUCAAGACGAAGCCAGAAAAGCUCAUUCUCCCAAAAUGUAGCGUUCAGGCAGGCAUUAGAAUCUCUGCUAUGCACAAGAGACCGGCUCCAGACAAGAAAGAGAACACCGUGAAGAAGGCGAUGGUGGCCCCGUCGAGGAGUGAGGUCCUCAUGAAGGAAGCGACCAGUGAAGGCACGCCGUCCUGGGCAAGCGACCACAAUUACAAUGCAGUAAAGCCAGAACAGACUGCUGCUCUCUGGCCGCCACUGUUGUAUAAAUCCACGAAGGAGGAUAGGCGGGCGGAGGAGAGGACCACGGCUCCUAAGAAAAUGGCCCCUGCGGGCCCCUCGGCAGGCAGCAGACAACCUCUGCCCAGAAAUCUCCUUCCAAAGAAGUCUCCACCCUUCGCAAACGCAGCGGCAGCCAAAGUGGCCAUCAAGAAGUCGCCCUCGGGUUUCAAGGGCCCUGGACCCAAGCGGCCCUGGCUCUCGGCCACCCCCUCGGCCGGCGCUCCUGCCGCCAAGCAAGCAGCGCUGGCGCCUGGGGCUGCCACAGCUGCUUCCAAAAAGCUACCCAGCUCGGCCGCGUUGGCGGGGGCCAUCCGGAAGCCAGCGGCUGCCUCUGUGCCCUUGGCUUCUCCAGCCCCAGGACGCCUGGGGACCUCGAACCCCGCCCUGUCACAGCCAAAUUCGCAAAUUCGGCAAAAUAUCAGACGCUCCUUGAAGGAGAUUUUGUGGAAAAGAGUCAACGACAGCGAUGACUUAAUCAUGACAGAAAGUGAAGUAGGAAAAAUCGCCCUCCACAUUGAGAAGGAGAUGUUUAACCUGUUCCAAGUCACAGAUAACCGCUACAAGAGCAAAUACCGCAGCAUCAUGUUCAACCUCAAGGACCCCAAAAACCAGGGGCUCUUCCAUCGUGUUCUGCGUGAGGAAAUCUCUUUGGCAAAACUUGUGAGAAUGAAGCCGGAAGAGCUGGUGUCUAAAGAGCUGUCCACGUGGAGGGAGCGGCCAACCAAGCCCGUGAUGGAGUCCAGAAAUAAGCUGCACAGUGAGAACAAGAAGACCGCCACUAAACAGGACCCUGUGCCCGACAUGGAGGACUCUCCACCCGUGUCCGACUCCGACGAGCAGCAGGAGUUGGUGCGGGCCAUGCCGGAGAAGAGCACCGCACCCCUCCUGGACGUCUUCAGCAGUAUGCUGAAGGACACCACGGGUCAGCACCGGGCUCAUCUGUUUGAUCUCAACUGCAAAAUCUGCACAGGUCAGGUUCCCUCAUCAGAAGAUGAGCCAGCUCCAAAAAAACAAAAGUUGUCAGCUUCUAAGAAGGAAGAGUCAAAAUCCAAGUAUGAGACCUCUCUCUCUGAGCCAGUUCUUAGCUCAGCUGAUGAAGCGAUACCAGAAACUCUGCCCGAAAAUGCCUCUGAGCCAGACCUAGAAAGUGCUUCUCACACGCACCCGGAGAGAAAGUAUUACCCCGUGCCGCCAGGAGACAGCCACCCAGAAUCCUCCGCCCUGGAAGGCCCCUCCUGCCCAGUGACAUGUGGGGGCCCGGUGCUCACCACGGUCACGGUGUCCGGCCGAGACCCCAGGACUGCGUCUAGCGGGUCGUGUACGGUCACGGCCCCCGCAGCAGCCCGCCCAGAUGGUGCCCACCCAGCGGAACCCCGACAAGACGUCCUGAAGCCCACUGUGACCUCGGUGACGGUGCCCAAGUCCAUACUAGCUAAGCCGUCCUCGUCCCCUGAGCCCAGAUACCUCCUGCCGGUGGCGCCGCCGCGCGUCAGCCUCUCCGAGUCAAGGUCCCCUCCAGAAGGAGAUACAACCCUCUUUUUGUCUCGACUCAGCACCAUUUGGAAAGGAUUUAUUAACAUGCAGAGUGUAGCGAAAUUUGUCACUAAGGCGUAUCCCGUGUCGGGGUGCUGUGACUAUCUCAGUGAGGACCUGCCGGACACGAUUCACAUUGGUGGAAGGAUCACACCCAGAACAGUUUGGGAUUAUGUCGGCAAACUCAAAUCUUCUGUGUCUAAGGAGCUGUGUUUGAUCCGAUUCCACCCCGCGACUGAGGAGGAGGAGGUGGCCUAUAUCUCUCUCUACUCCUAUUUCAGCAGCCGUGGCCGCUUUGGCGUUGUAGCUAAUAACAGCAGGCACGUCAAGGACCUCUACCUGAUCCCACUGAGUGCUAAGGACCCCAUUCCAUCCAAACUCUUGCCCUUUGAGGGACCAGGUCUUGAGUCACCACGGCCCAACAUAAUCCUUGGGUUAGUAAUCUGUCAGAGAAUAAAACGUCCUUCAAAUGCUGGAGAAUUAGAGAAGGUAGAGGAGAAGCGGAUCCGCCCUCAGACCCAAGAAGAAACAGAGGUUCCAGUCUAUCCCAAAGUGCCCGCGGCCCCGCAGUCUGAGAGGAAGCCCCCCAAGUCCCAGGUGGGCUCCGGGGACAUGGCGGUCAGCACCACACCCCCAGGGACUCCUCCACCGCCGCCUCCGCUGCCGGAGCCUCCUGCUGCGCCAGCCUCGUCCUCUGUGUUGAAGAUCCUAUCCUCGCUCAAACCGGGAGCCACGAGCAGCGUCCCCUCAGCCCCUGCAGUGGCUGUUCCGGCGGCCGCUGCCUCUGCCAAUUCCUCCGCCCCGAAAACAGCCUCGCCCCUGGAGCACAUCCUGCAGACCCUGUUUGGGAAGAAGAAGUCAUUUGACCCCCCUGCCAGAGAGCCCAUGGAGUCCGCCCCAGCCUCCCACCCAGACUCCAAAGCCAAGGCCGACGGCGGGCUGCCCGCGGCGCCUUUACUAGAUCCAAUUGUCCAGCAGUUCGGUCAGUUCUCAAAAGACAGAGCUCUGGAGGACGAGGAAGACGACAGACCGUAUGACCCCGAAGAGGAGUACGGUCCUGAGAGAGCCUUUGACACUCAGCUUGAGCGUGGGAGGCGCCCUGAUGUAGAGAAGGCCCCCGAGACCGCCGAGCGGGAGGAGGUGGCCUAUGACCCAGAAGAUGAGACCAUUUUAGAAGAAGCCAAAGUGGCCAUCGACGACCUGCCCAACAGGAUGUGUGCGGACGGGAAGGGCGGCGCCACGGAGAGGCCUGGUGAGCCCUCGGCCCCCGGAGCGGCCCCCUCCCUGGUGGAGCAGCAGAAGAUGAUAGAAGAGCUCAACAAGCAGAUUGAGGAGCAGAAGAGGCAGGUGGAGGAGCAGGAAGCCGCGCUACGGCAGCAGAGGGCCGCCGUGGGGGCCUCCAUGGCGCACUUCUCCGUGGCCGAGGCACUCAUGUCGCCACCCCCAAAGUCCUCCCUGCCCCAGGCCGAGCUGUUUCCGCAAGAGCAGCAGGCCGCCAGCCGCCCCGCUGCGCUCCCUGGUGCCCCUCCAGCCGCCGGCCCCGGCUGCGACCCGCGGCAGAGUCGGGACCCCCGGCAGGCCCGGCGGCUGGCCGCGGAUCACUGCGAGAGCGAAGCUGGCUCGAGGCCCCCCACAGCCCGGGAAGAGGGUGCAGAGACUGCCCUGCCAGCCAAGCCGGACGGCCCCAACCACGAGCGCUCCUUGAGCCCCGUACCGCCACCGGCAGAUGGCGGCCCGCCCUCGGCGGGCUCGGGCAGCAUGCCCAGACCUGCCCGCAAGGUGCUGUUGCCCACGCCCCCCAGCACCGCGUUUCAGCCUGGCUUCCCUUUGCAGAACGACGGGCAGAGUUUCCCCUCUCCUGGAGGGAGGGACCCUUUCUCAGGCCCAGCGUGUACCUCUCAGGAAAAAUCGGUUGGCUUGACCCAGUACGAGGAUCCGAGAAAUGUUCAGUUUGCUGAAAAAGGUGACCACCCGGCAGUUGAAGCCGAAGGAGACAGAGAGCCACAGUGCAGACCCGGUGAGGGGGCUGCCACGUUCCCCACAGCUGGACAGAGAGGAGGGGCCCCUCCGCCCCCAUCUCAGGGCCAGCGUGACCCAGCACCACGCGCUUUUGGGACAUCGGGGCUUCAUGGCCCCAGUUUCCCAGGACCAAGGGGGCCAGUCCCUCCGUUUUCAGAAGAGAAUAUCGUUUCUAAUAGCGAUGGGCCAAGGGGGCCUCCGCCGGCCAGAUUCGGGGCCCAGAAGGGGCCCAUCCCUUCCUUGUUCUCAGGGCCACACGGGCCCCCUCCCUACGGGGACGGCAGGGGUCCCUCCCCCUCCCACCUCGGGGGGCCCAGAGGAGCAGCACCGCCCCAAUUUGAAGAGCGGAAGGACCCCCACGGGGAGACAAGGGAAUUCCAGGACAGCCCAUACGAUGAGAUGGCCGGCCCUGCCCCUCAGUUUGAGGGGCCAGAACAAGCCCAGUUCAUGGGGAGUAGGAGCACGGCGCCUUUCCAGUUUGGAGGCCAGAGAAGGCCUCUGCUGUCACAGUUUAAAGGGCCCCGAGGGGGUCCCCCUCCCUCCCAGUUUGGCGGUCAGAGAGGGCCCCCCCCCGGCCACUUUGUGGGCCCAAGGGGGCCGCAUCCUGGUCAGUUUGAAGGACCCAGAGGCCAAGCACCAAAUUUCAUGCCAGGACCCAGGGGGAUCCAGCCUCAGCAGUUCGAGGAGCAGAGGGUAAGCUCACCGCCGAGAUUUGCCAACCCCCGGGCGCCAGCACCCCUUCCGUUUGGCGGACCCAGAGGGUCUGUGCCCUUUCCCGAGAAGAGCGAGCCCACACCCCCCCGCUUCCACUUCCAGGGCCCGCCGGCGCCGGGGCUGAAGCCGGGCCCCAGGCCGCUGCUAGAGCUGCCCAGCCACCCGCCGCCGCACCGGCCGGAGCGCUGGGAAGAGGCGCCCACACAGGGCCCUGAGGCCGAUUUCCGUGAGGGCAAGGGCCACGAGUACAGAAGCCAGGCCUUUGAAGGGCGGCCGAGGGAGCGGUUUGAAGCCGGGCCCAAAGAAAAGCCUCUGGAUGAGCCCGAGGCCGCGCUGCCAGAGAACCGGCCGGGCAGGGCCCUGGAGGAGCGCCGGCGGGAGCGAGGGCGGCGUUGGAGCCGGGAGCGGGACUGGGAAAGGGGCCACGAGCGGGGCCGUCACCGCGACAAGGACCCCGGGCGCGAGUGGGACCGGAGUCGGGAGCGCGGUGCAGACAGGGACCGGGGGCGGGAGCCGGAGCGGGCGGCCGAGUGGGGCCGGAGCCGGGAGCGCAGCCGAAACCGGGAGCGGGAGCGCAGGCGGGAGCGGGAGCGGUCUCGCAGCAGGGAGCGCGGCCGUGACCGGACCCGUGACCACGGCCAGGAGCGCAAGGACCGCAGCAAAAGCAAGGAGGGCGCCCGCGACCCCAGAGCUGAGGCCCCUCGGGCUGCCGCCCCCGCCGCGCAGACCUAGCGGCCGCCCGCCGACCUCGCGAGACCCGCGGCUGCUCCGGCCCCAGCCGCCCGUGCGC